AUGGCAUCUGUGCUUGGAAAAGGAAAAUAUUCUAAAAUAUAUCGUGGGAGAAGUCACCCAAACGGAUUGUGGCACGCUGUGAAAGUGGAUAAUACUCAUAGGAAAGCCAGCUAUGCACCUCACGAAGUCUCCAUAUUGAGAAUUAUCAUGUAUCCCAAAGAAGUCCCUCACAUUCCAAAACCUCUUGCAUAUGUCAAAACGCCUUCGAUUUCCUACUUUGCAAUGACUCUUCUCGGAAAGAAUAUCAGCGAUCUGAAGCUCGAAAGUCCAGAACAACGCUUUCCAAGUGGAACUCUGAGCCGUAUUGGUCUUCAAGUGCUUCAUGCUCUCAAAUCAAUGCACAAAAAAGGAAUCAUUCAUCGUAAUAUUAAACCAUCGAAAUUGAUGAUGGGACAUGAAGAAGAUGGGAAAAGAUGGCGUCUUGUUCAUGUGAUUGGUUUUGGGUUUGCAAGACAAUGGGCUUAUAAUCAGGAUAAAUUCAAUCCAACAAAAAUGCAUCCUCGUCCACUGAGAAAAAAGGUCCGAUUCCGUGGAUCUCUGAAAUUCUCUUCUCCUAAUGCUCAUCUUGGAUGUGAUUUGAGCCGUCGGGAUGAUUUAUGGUCACUUUUGUUCACAUUUAUUGAUCUGAAUGGUAGUUUACCAUGGGCUGCAGAAAGAGACCAUUCCAUUUUGGCAAAGAAAAAACUCGACCCAGAAAUAGUUCUUGCCGAUAUGCCGCCAAAUUUCGACAAAGUAAUGAAGCAUUUGAUUGAGCUGAAACCUUUGGAGAGACCGAAUUAA